UCAGCUACACGAUGGCGCCAGAGUCUCACAAAUUAAAAUCUCCUCCUCUGUUUGAGCUCCAGGCACCCAGUAACCUAACCCAUCAAUAAAACAUACCCUGAGUCCUCACACCCUCUCACACUGAAAUGCGACAUUCUGCACGAGAGUUUCGUGUUCAUUUUGACAUGCGGGCUGUGCAGUCACGCGCUACAUCGAUUGAUUUAGUUUGAAUGAGCUUUACCAUGCAUGAUAGCCGUUUCAAUGACAGACAGCCUUCUGUCCUUUUGGCGGGCCAGUGGAGAAAGAAAUGUCACUGUCCGCCAUAAAUAAUCCCUCAGAAUUAGUGUCGGCCGACCUCAGCCUCACUGCUCAUUGCCAUGCCCUCUGGGGACAGACAGUGUCGGGCUGCUAUGGGCGAAUCACGCGCAACGCCAGUUUAUUACCAUGAACGGACCCCAACCUGGCUGACAUCAUUGCGUCUGGCGAUAUAGAUAGAUCCGUAGUACCUCCUCCUUUCUCCUCUCAUCCAUUUGGAGCAGCCCGUGUGUAGUCAGUGGCACUUAAUCACAGAGCGCACCGAGGCAGGAGGCGGACCGUCGGGCGUGAACGAAAUAGUAACGGUGAACCGGAGAGGCAGCAGUGUGCGGGACAACGCAGACACAGGAGCUAUCCAGAGGAAGUUUGGGGUUUUCCCUUCCUGUAUCUAUCAAGUAGUGCAGUUUUAUCUCCGUGCCAACUCUUCCGUUUAGGUCGUCUCUACCGCGUACGUCCGACUUGUGCUAUGUUGGAGAUGUGCAAAAAAAGACCAGCCGAGCCGGAGUCCCGGGUAAAACAGCAAGCCGCACUGGGCAACAUGACUCGCCUCCCUUCUUUCUCACCGGAGUCUGUAGAAUGAAGACGGCUUAAAAAAAAAAAAAAAAAAAAAAAAUAAGUCCAAGCAGCGCGCAAAGAUGUCGGUGCCUUUGCUGAAGAUCGGCGUCGUGCUCAGCACCAUGGCGAUGAUUACCAACUGGAUGUCGCAAACCCUCCCCUCACUGGUGGGGCUCAAUACUACCAAGCUCACGGCGGCACAGGGAGGGUACCCAGACCGGAGUACAGGAGUGUUGCCAGCGAACCCAGAGGAAUCGUGGCAGGUGUACAGUUCAGCCCAGGAUAGUGAGGGGAGGUGUGUCUGCACUGUGGUGGCGCCCCAGCAGUCCAUGUGUUCACGGGAUGCCCGCACCAAACAACUGAGGCAGCUGUUAGAGAAGGUCCAGAACAUGACCCAGUCCAUCCAGGUCCUGGACCAGCGAACCCAGAGAGACUUGCAGUAUGUGGAGAAGAUGGAGGUCCAGCUCCGUGGCCUGGAGACCAAGUUCAGGCAGGUGGAGGAGAACCACAAGCAGAACAUCGCCAAGCAAUACAAGGCCAUAAAAGCGAAAAUGGAGGAUAUUAGACCGUUGAUACCAGUGUUGGAGGAGUACAAAGCCGAUGCCAAAUUGGUAUUGCAGUUUAAGGAGGAGGUCCAGAAUCUGACGUCAGUUCUAAGCGAACUUCAGGAGGAGAUGGGGGCCUAUGACUACGAGGAGCUCCACAACAGAGUGUCAAAUCUUGAGGAGAGACUCCGAGCAUGCAUGCAAAAAUUAGCAUGUGGCAAGCUGACGGGCAUCAGUGAUCCCAUCACCAUCAAGACGUCUGGAUCCAGGUUCGGUUCCUGGAUGACCGAUCCUCUGGCUCCUGAAGGAGAUACGCGGGUCUGGUACAUGGAUGGUUACCACAACAACCGCUUCGUGCGGGAGUACAAGUCGAUGCAGGACUUCAUGACGUCAGACAACUUCACGUCCCACCGGCUGCCCCACCCGUGGUCAGGGACAGGUCAGGUGGUCUACAACGGCUCCAUCUACUUCAACAAGUUCCAGAGCCACGUCAUCAUCAAGUUCGACUUCCGCACCUCUUCCAUCAGCAAGUCCCGGCAGCUCGACUACGCCGGCUUCAACAACGCGUAUCACUACGCCUGGGGUGGCCACUCCGACAUCGACCUGAUGGUGGACGAGGGAGGCCUGUGGGCUGUUUAUGCCACCAACCAGAACGCCGGCAACAUUGUCCUCAGCAAGUUGAACCCCAACACGCUGCAGAUCAUCAAGAGCUGGACCACCAACCACCCCAAAAGGAGUGCCGGCGAGUCUUUUAUGAUCUGCGGCACGCUCUACGUCACCAACGGCUACUCAGGAGGCACUAAGGUGUACUACGCCUACUCCACCAACUCCUCUACUUACGAGUACAUCGACAUUGCCUUCCAGAAUAAGUACUCGCAUAUCUCCAUGCUGGACUACAACCCGCGCGACCGAGCCCUCUAUGCCUGGAACAAUGGCCACCAGGUCCUCUACAAUGUCACACUGUUCCACGUUAUCCGCUCAGAAGAGCUGUAACCACGGAAAAUGGAUUACAUACAUAAAUACAUAUUGUCUGUGUAGAGAUCUCCCUAUAUAGCCUACAAGAAUAUAUCUGCGAAAGAAAAAAAGACUAUGGCAAGAUCAUUCUAUUUAUAAUAUGAAAUAACUUUUACUGGGAGACUGCAUCAGCAGGGAAUGCAACUUGGAUUGAAUGUGCAUAUACACGACACUGAAAACUAAAUCAAAAAUUGAAGGGUUUCAUUCCAAAAUGUGAUAUAUUUGUAACAGAAAAGAAAUGCUUUAUCAGUUCAUAUCACAACAUCACAGGUGAUUGUUAAUAAAACAGAACUGUUUUGUAAAUAAAAGGUCUUAAUAUAACUAAUAGUUACCCAUAUUAGACUUUAUUUUAAUAGUUGCCAUCAUUUUGUUGGAGGUAUUUUAUUUUGGAAUGAAACUCUUUAGUUGUUUGCAGCAUAGAAAAUGAUUGUAAAAGUAAACUAAUAUAUCAGAUUAAAAAAAAAAAAAAUAACAGAUGCCAAAAAUAAAAAAAAGAACUCAUCACGCCUUUUUUUUAUAUCAUGGAUAUAUCGUGUG